AUGGCUGCCUGUGACUGCUCAAACUGUAAACCGGAUGACGCGGAAGCGCUAUGGCUCGCACAACCCUGUCUCACCAACGCGAACUUUCAAGCGGCCCUUGACAUGGAUGAACUCCAGCUUCUCAACCUAAUUGCAACACUCCCCAAUACCCCACUGCCUCCGGUAGUUGACUUACCUCACGUCGCGAUGCUCUGCGGUCCUGAUGACCCCAUUUUGGAGUGUCCCAUACUUGAAAGACUAGUCACGCGUUUGGAACGCGCUUUCGCGGCCUUCUGGCACACACGCUACACUCAGCCUUGUCACCUAGGCCCCGACGAUUACUUCGGACGAGAUCUGGCAUGGGACCUAGCCAAGAACGUGGAUUUACUGCGUGAACCACAUGAUUUCGGUGUGGUACUAGCCAGCGAGGCCAUCAAAGGCCAAUACAACUGCCUCUUUGCAGCCUUGACAGAGUGGAAGGACAACGAUUCUGCGACGGUGGCCAUCUCGCAAGCGGCUGCGCGAAGGAAAGCGGUCUCACGCCCUCCAACAAAGCCUGUUCAGUCAGUCGAAGGAGCUCUUCUGUCAAAGCGCCGUGCCGACGCCGAAAAACUGGCCACCAAAGAGGCCAGGCUGCUCGAGAGACAGCAACUCGCGCUGGAUAAGGCUAAUGAGAAGGCUGCCAACCUCGCGCGGAAGCUAGAGGAGAAGGCUCAAGCCGAGGAGGCUCGAGCCGCUUUGAAGGCGCAAGUGGCCCUUGAAAAGGCUCACUUGCGUGCCCAGCAGAAAGAGGCGCAAGCUUCUGCCACGUCUGAUAAGCGGCGGAAACGUUCAGGAGGGUCUCAAGCUGACCCAGAUCGUGCUAACAAGCGCGUAUCACAGGAUAUUCCGCACUUUGACAGUCCCACGCUGACAACACGUCAGCAGCACCCCAGCGAAAUCGGGAUUUUCGACCCGCGACUAGGUGUGACCGGAGUGAAUUUUGAACAGCUGCAUGAGUUUUCAGAGCUGGGUCACGGCAUAACCAUCAUGUCAGCUACUAUCGCAAUGCAUUCAAGUUGA